UAAUAUGUAUGUAUAAUUCAUCAAUCAUGAAACCUCAAACCUUUGUUUCAUAAAAGACAUUUUCCUUUUCUUAUAAUUUUUCUUAGUGCUUCUAAAGCUUCACAAAAUCUAGGAAAGCUUUUCCCUGUAGAGACCUUGAAUUGUCAGCUGUAUCAUUGCUUUGCUAAGAUGGGUUCAGUUGAGACCAGGAAACCACAUGCUGUUUGCAUUCCGUAUCCAUCACAAGGCCAUGUUACCCCCAUGAUGCAACUGGCUAAGCUCUUGCACUCAAGAGGCUUCCAUAUAACCUUUGUUAACACCGAGUUCAACCAUAGGCGCUUGAUCAGGUCCAAAGGGCCAGACUCUGUUAAAGGCCUGCCUGAUUUCCGGUUCGAAACGAUUCCAGAAGGGCUGCCACCCUCUGAUCGUGAUGCAACUCAGGAUGUUCCAGCGCUAUGUGAUUCAACACGAAAGAAUUGUCUGGCUCCAUUCUUAGAGCUACUCUCGAAGUUAAAUUCCUCAGCCCAAGUACCGCCUGUUACUUGCAUUAUUUCGGAUGGAGUUAUGAGCUUCGCUAUUAAGGCUGCUGAAGUACUAGGCAUACCAGAAGUUCAAUUUUGGACUGCCUCAGCUUGUAGCUUCAUGGGAUAUCUACAAUUCAGUGAACUACUCGAAAGAGGCAUCAUUCCAUUCAAAAAUGAAAAUUUUCUUAGCGAUGGCACUCUUGAUACACCUAUUGAUUGGAUCCCUGGAAUGAGUAACAUUCGCCUCAGAGAUAUUCCGAGUUUUAUUAGAGUGAACAAUCCAAAUGAUAUUAUGUUUGAUUUCAUGGGAUCAGAAGCACGAAAUUGCCUCAAAGCUCCUGCGAUCAUCUUCAACACGUUUGAUGAGUUUGAACAUGAAGUGCUAGAAGCAAUCGCCGCCAAAUUCCCUCGAAUUUAUACUACAGGGCCACUGCCCUCGCUUGCCAGGCACAUGCCAGACGGUCCAUCAAAGUCAAUAACAUCAAGCCUAUGGAAAGAAGACACAAACUGCAUUGAAUGGCUUAACAAAAGGGAACCAAGUUCAGUUGUGUACGUGAAUUAUGGUAGCGUGACUGUGAUGUCAGAGCAGCAUCUGAAAGAAUUUGCCUGGGGGCUGGCUAAUUCUAAGCACCCAUUUUUAUGGAUCGUUAGGCCUGAUGUUGUGAUGGGCGAUUCUGCAAUUCUGCCUGAAGAAUUUUUCGAGGAGAUAAAGGAUAGAGCAUUGAUAACAAGCUGGUGCGCCCAAUAUCAGGUUCUUUCACAUCCUUCAGUUGGUGUUUUCCUAACACAUUGUGGGUGGAAUUCUACCAUGGAAGCCAUAUGUGGAGGUGUACCGGUGAUAUGUUGGCCAUUUUUUGCUGAUCAACAAACAAACUGUCGGUAUGCUUGCACCACUUGGGGCAUUGGGAUGGAGGUUGAUCAUGAUGUAAAGCGAGAGAACAUUGAGUUUUUGGUUAAGGAAAUGAUGGAAGGGGAUGCAGGAAAGAAAAUGAAGGAGAAGGCUUUGGAAUGGAAGAAGAAAGCAGAAGCAGCUACCGAUGUUGGCGGAGCAUCUUACAAUGAUUUCGAUAGAUUUGUUAAAGAAGCUCUCCAUCAUGGUUAACUGGAAAUUGUUGUUCAAGUGGAAAGUGCAUUCGAGAACUACUUAAAUAAACCACUUCCACUUGGGUAAUUCAUUGCCCAAUGCCUUUCACUUUAUUCUCAACCUGUUUUUUCUAUUUUGUGUUAGCAGGAGCUCAAGAGGUUUCUAUAUAAGUUAUCAAUAAAAUCAAAGAAUAUCUUUGGUAUAGAGCAAUAUUAAGAUUUUAUAUUUAUUCAA